CUGACGAACUGCAAUUUGCUGAUGGGGGAGCGGUACGUGCUGUUCGUGUACGUGGAAAGCUUAUCCGGCAUGUCGUUACCGACCAUCACGAGUGGCACUUUGACAAAUGCAACCGCAAGCAGUGCUUCCGACGACGGCAGCAAGAGCAACGACACCAACAGCACGACUGACGACGACAACUCGACGGGGAGAUUGCUCAGUGACAUACUGCUUCAGGCGGACCAACAACCUCACAAGGUGGAGCCCACGUACGAAUACGUGGAGUUCAUUGGGCCUCUGACGCGCAAACAGGCGCGCGGCCUAGAGCCGAUUCCAGAGCGGGUUCGUCGCGUCGUGCCGUCGUCGCUUCGGGAAUACGUAGACCCUAGUACCCCAGCUGUUGCUGCGUCUGCAGGUCCCGCUAUGUUCGACAAAGACUUCCAGGAUAACUUCUACGGCCAGCGGCGACAGCUCAGUAGUGCAACUCCAGUCGCGGGUCUGAUGGGUCCGGCCAUCAUGUUCCGACCUACGUUUUCUAACAGCUUCAAGACCAAACCCUACCUCCCGCCCAACUUGCAAACCACCGCAAACAGCAUUUUCGUCACGUUCCAAGCCUCCGAACCGACGGGCCGCGCGUGGAUCACGGUGGUGGACCCGCUCCUCGGGCCGGGUGGCUCUAGUCUCCGUAAGGGGAAUGCUGCGAGUUACCAGUUCGACGAGGCCGCGCAGUCUCUGUCCACGCCGGUGACCACAGCGGUAACUUCGCUCUUCCCUCCAGACCACACGCUGGACGAUUUGCUGCAAGCCACCCCGCACAGCUGCUUGAUCUCCAACCUCGCGAUUGACGAUUCCCUGCAGACAGUGGAGUUGAAGGAUUGCCAGCUUCUCGCGGGCCAGAGCUACGAGGUGAAAGUUUACAUCCAGGAUAGUAUGAAAGGCGUCUUCGACGGCAUCAUGUCGGAAUCGCUGGAGGUGAACGUUCCCUACAGCAAUCGGGUCCAGAACAUCUUCCUCCAGUACCCCCUACCAGCGACGACACCGAACGCGGAUGGCUUAAGCCUUACCUUCGUGCCUUCCUCCAGAGCGGGGGUCGCGAUCGUGAACAUCCAGCCGAAGGAGAACGCACGGACAGCCACAGUGGAAACGGUCCGCGCUUUUGCCGGGGCUCUCGGCGAUCCCGUGACAUGUCGGAAGACGAACGAGCCACUGCUUCAAGCGGGCGUGACUCUGAACGACACAACGACGCCGGUUUUGUUCUCGCUGUCCAACUGCCAACUGGAGUCGUACCAGGAGUACGCUGCCAUGGUGAUGUAUGGAUGUGUCAGGUUUGAAAUCGUCAAAGUUGAAAUAGUUUGCCAUACAUAAAACGGAUACCAGUUAGACCUACAGUUUGUAUUCGGCGCAUGACAAAUUUUCCCGGUCCUGGAAGCGAGUCUGUCAUGCGGUUUAGGGCAAAAGAGCUGCCUUCUGUCAUGCUAGUCAGAAGUCCAAUUCUUGACCCUUACCAGGACUAUAAUCUGCCUCCCGUGCGUCCUCUGCAAUAGAGCCACUUUUUGUAGUCGCAUUUUAUGCAUGACAAAUCAUCUCAACUUUGACGAUUUCAAUCCUGACACUCCCAUAUGAUGCUGAUCGGGGCGGACGGAAUGAUCGAGGGCGCGGUCUUGUCUUCUCCGCUGUACUUCAAAGUCAACCCCUCGAAUGUGUUCAUUGGCGCACCGGUCAUGUCUUCGACGCCCACCCGAGACACGGUGAAAGUCACUUUCGAGUCGCAAAACGCGGGCGCGACCUUCAUUUACGUGGUGCAGCAGGCCGUCGCGAUCUCGAUCGCCGACAGCAAGGCCUUGAUCGCCGCCCAGGGCCCGCCGAGCUGCCAGCUGCAGGAGGUCGCGAUUGUGAAGGGGGGAAACACGUUUGAGAUGACAAGUUGCACCCUUGCGUCAGGCAGUAAGUACAAAGUCGUCGUGUACAUCGAAACGAGCUACGCGACGACCUUACAAACCAUCAAUGGCGUGCAGAGGUCCGCGAACGACGGGACGUUGACGUUUGUGAAUUUCGAGCUCGAUUUCGCAGCGUCGAAUACGUUUCUGCUCUACCCAAAACUAACUUCAGUCCCGACCUAUCGGGGGGUCGAGUUCCAAUUUUCCGCGGAGUUCACCGGGUACUACUGGGCGCACUUCUCGAAGACGCUUUCCUGUCUCUCCGGGGCCGAGAUCACGCAGGGGGCCUACCAACAGAAAAACGCGAUCCAGCGGAUUCCGCGAGUGCAGACCAUCGAGCAGUUCUUGGCGAACAGUCAGAAUCCCAAUGUGACGAUGACGUCGAUCACGGUGGAUGGCUGCAUCAAGACGGCAGUCCCGGUUACGACCCCUGGUCUGAUCACCGCGAAAAUGACCGAUUGUGCGUUCAGCUUUAACGUCACGUACCAUUUGGUGGUUUAUCUCUCUGGCCAGUCGCAAUCCGACGGCGUGGCGGCGCCGCUGCCGAUCGAGAUCGUCGUGCCGCCGAAGUCGAAUGUGUUCUUGCAAGAGCCGGAAUUCUUGCAAACCUUGUCAAUGUGCUGCGUCGGUAUUCAGUUUCAAGGUUCCCAGCCUUCUGGGCGCGCGUGGGUGAAUGUGGUGCUGAACGACAAAAUUCCCUACAUCAACGUCAACACGAUGAAAGGCUUACCGAACACCUUCGCCGGCGCGGAGCUCACGAUGGCAGCCAUGCAGGUCGGCAACCCGACACAGUGCAGUUGGAGCGGCCGGGCGAUCGAUGAUUCGGUGCAAAACGUCCGACUGGAGGGGUGCAACUUCGCCGAGAACGGCAUCUACGCCAUCUUCAUCUACAUCGAAGAUCUCGACGGCAGAGGGGACGGGUCCUUCUUCGGCCCCAUGGUGCAGCGCGCGCCGCGCUUUCCGGUGGUCUCCAACGAGUUCCAAGUGUGGCCCCACUUGCUGACCGAGUCGACCAGUGGGCCUGGCGGGCAGACGAUCCGAUUCACGCCGCUGUACGACGGACUCUACUACGUCUUGAUU